AUGGCAAAGGGUUCUGUUGUGGGGAACCUUGCCAAGGACCUGGGACUGAGCACCAAAGAACUAAAACAUCGCAAUCUACACACUGUGUCUGUGGCUAAAAUGCAGCAUUUCAGUAUCAAUGCAGAGAAUGGAAACCUCUAUGUAAAUGACAGGAUUGAUAGGGAGGGGAUAUGUGGCAAAAAUCCACUUUGCUUUGUUCAGUUUGAAGUUGUGGUGGAAAACCCGCUGAAUGUUUUCCAUGUAACAGUAGAAAUCCAGGAUGUUAAUGAUAAUGCACCCCAGUUCCUGAAUAGCAAUAUCAAUUUAGAGAUCCUUGAAUCCACUCUGCUAGGUACACAGUUUCUCCUUGGGAAGGCGGAAGAUCCUGACAUUGGGGUGAACUCUCUCCAGGAUUACCAGCUGAGCUCCAAUCAGUACUUCAGUUUGGAAGUUAGAAAGAGAAAAGAUGGAAAUAGUUAUGCAGAAUUAGUGCUAAAUAAACCACUGGAUCGGGAAAAUGAACAGACCCUUCACUUAAUCCUUACAGCCUUGGAUGGGGGUCAGCCUAGGAAAACUGGAACAGCCCAGAUACGGAUUAAUGUUACUGAUGUCAAUGACAACCGACCUGUUUUCACUCAAGAGGUGUACAAGGUCAGCUUGAGGGAGAAUACUCCCCUUGGAUCUCCUGUACUUCAGGUUGCAGCCUCAGAUAAAGAUGAAGGUACAAAUGCCCAAAUCAGGUAUCAUUUCAGCAAUAUACCAGCAAAUGUCCAAUUGAAAUUCAGAGUGGAUCCAAUCAACGGUACAAUCACUCUUAUAGAUCUGUUGGACUUUGAGGAAACUGAAAAAUAUACAAUGAUGGUUACAGCAAAAGAUGGUGGCGGAUUGUUGACACAUUGCAAUAUUGAAAUAACUGUGCUUGAUGAGAAUGAUAAUGCCCCAGAGGUGACUUUAGCCUCCAUGUUCAGCCCCGUUCCUGAAGAUUCUCUGCCGGGAACUGUAAUUGCUCUGAUUAAUGUGAAUGACAAAGAUAGUGGUGAUAAUGGAAAGGUUACUUGCUACUUAAACAAUGAUUUACCCUUCAAAGUUCUUCCCUCAUCUAACAAUUACUUCAAACUCCAGACAGACAGUCCUUUGGACAGAGAAAUAGCUCCUGCAUACAAUAUUACAAUCACAGCCACUGAUAAAGGAACUCCACCUCUUUCCACACACAAAACAAUCUCACUACAGGUCUCAGAUAUCAAUGAUAAUGCCCCUACUUUUCAGAAACCAUCCUACAACAUCUACGUGCCAGAAAACAAUCCUUCAGGUGCCUCCAUUUUCACCAUCAAAGCCUCUGAUCCCGAUGUGGACCAGAACUCACGGAUCACUUACUCCAUCCUCAACAGCAACAUCGAGGAGCUUCCCAUCUCCUCCUAUAUCUCCAUUAAUUCAGAGACUGGCACCAUCUAUGCCCAGAGAUCCUUUGACUAUGAACAAUUCAGAGAGUUCCAUCUGCAAGUGAAGGCCCAAGAUGGGGGUUCUCCCCCUCUCAGCAGCAAUGUGAGCGUCAGGGUGUUUGUUCUUGACAGGAAUGAUAACAGCCCUCGUAUCCUGUCCCCCUCCCAAGAAGCCAAGGGCUCAGCCUUGUUUGAGAUGGUGCCUCGUUCGGCCGAGGCAGAUUAUCUUGUCACCAAGGUGGUGGCCGUGGAUGCAGAUUCUGGACACAACGCCUGGCUCUCCUACCACCUGACUCAGGCCACUGAGCCGGCACUCUUCACGGUUGGUUCUCAUACUGGAGAGAUCAGGACCUCCAGGGCCUUUGUGGAGAGAGACGCUGUGAAACAGAGACUGGUCAUUAUGGUGAAGGAUAACGGGCAGCCAUCUCUCUCAGCCACCAUUACUCUGAACCUGGUGUUUGCUGAGAACUUUCAGGAGGCCCUUCCGGAAAUGAAGAGCCAACCCAGCAGCUCGGAGUAUCAGUCUGACCUGCAGUUCUACUUGGUGCUGGCCUUAGCUGUGAUCUCCUUCUUGUUCCUCUUGACCGUGAUUCUGGCUGUUACAAUGAAGCUCCAUCAAUCAGGGCAUCCCAGGUUCCUACAGUGCUUUGGUCCUGUUCCCCAUUCCAAGAAUGGUGCCAUCUUCCCACCCAACUUUGAAGAUGGGACUUUGCCGUAUUCCUACCAGCUGUGUCUGUCUUCUGAGUCCAGGAAGAAUGAGUUUACCUUCCUGACACCCAGUGUUCAGAUGGUAGACAAUAUUAUUGGCAGUGAGAAACCUGCUGUGUCUUUUACAGGCAACGGAGGAAGCAAUUUAAUUUCAGAGAUGGCAAGUGAUGAAAAGGUAGGGUUUAUUCCAGAAUAUUUUUCAUUGCACGCUGCAUGAUCUUUUACCAUAACUGACACUGAAACAUUAUAUGGAGGAGAAUUCAUUUUCUCUGACAUAUAUGUUUACUGAAAAAUGAGUUAUUUAAAUCUGGAAAGCAGUAGCUCAGCCUUAUUUAUUGGGCCCCUCAUGAACCGUCUACUGAUUUAUGCAUGAUAAAAGAGUAAGGUUUACAGUGUCAAGGCAAAAAUAUCUAAGCAUUGGAUCCAAGUAGCUUUGCUUUACUCAGUUGGACUACUAAACCAGUUCUGUGGUAUUUAUGACAUUGGAAGUUAACAGUAGGAUCCCAUGCAUGUCUACUCAAAAGGAACUCCAGGUGAAGUGAACAUGUAUAAGACUGCAGUCUCAGUGUCUUGGACUUUCAAAGUAAUGAUGUCUGUAAGGAGUAGCUUUAUUGAGGUUUCCAGAAGUAGUGUGCAGAAGUGCUGAACAAUUUAAGAAUAAUUAUAUUUAGGAUGCAUCUGUAUGCAAGCUUCUUGCUUGCUUCCACUCCUCUUUCCUGCCAUACCCUCAGGUGCACACAAAUGGCAAUGUGCUGGCCAUCUUUUUAUGUGUGGCUUUGCCUUCUCCUGCCCUCUCUCUUCUCCCAUCACCAGCCUUCAAAUUAUCUAAGCUCUAUAGAGCUUCUAGUUGUAAACUGGAGCUCUGGGGGCUGGAAAAGUAUAGGGGAAGUUUUUAUGGGAUUCCCAUCAAAAGUAAUGGCCAGCAUGCUGCUUUAGAUGCAAACUGGCAAUUUCUUUCUUCAUUUGCAGUUGCUUCCUCAUUUGGGGUAGGGGUUGGGCUUUGCCAUUUUUCCGUGUUGUAGGGCCAAGCUGAUCUCUUAAAUACUGUUUAUUAGGACAACUGGGGAGGGGAGAGGAGAAGAAACAUGAGCAUUGGAUGCAACCCAAACAUAUUUGUUAUGGUAUAAACUUUAGUGGACUCAAGUCAUUGGGACUGGAAAUAUUCAAUGAAGAGUGUGCUAUAAAUACUGUAAAUCAAAAUAAGGCUAAAUGUAAGAGUGAGAACAAAAACUACACAUUGUGAUUCCAUUUUCUGACACAUCUCAUCUAUACCGGAAGUUCUAUUUAUGGCAUAGUGCCAUUAAAUUAUAAUUUUGUUUUACAGUGGUGCCUCGCAAGACGAAAUUAAUUUGUUCCGCGAGUUUUGUCGUCUUGCGAUUUUUUUCGUCUUGCGAAGCACGGUGUCGGGAAAGUUUUGGAAAAGCUUCAAAAAUCACCAAAGUCUUUAAAAACCUCAGAAAGGCUACCACACCGCGUUCUAUGAGUUGCUCCUCGAAGUCAAGUCGCAACUGUAUUAACGGUGUUAAGAAAAAGAAACAAACUUGCAAGACGUUUCCGUCUUGCGAAGCAAGCCCAUAGGGAAAAUCGUCUUGCGAAGCAACUCAAAAAACCAAAAACCCUUUCGUCUAGCGAGUUUUUUGUCUUGCGAGGCAUUCGUCUUGCGAGGUACCACUGUACAAUUUUUCAUUCUAUUGCCAUUCUUCUGCUAUUUACACUUUGUCAACUAUUCUCCUUGAAAUACUCAGUCCACCUGAUCCAUCUCUGUUCCAUUCAUUUGUUUCUUGUGGUCCUCUUAUCAUUUUUUAUCUUCCUGGGUUGCCAUAUUUUGAAUAGAAAAAAGAGGACACAUUUGCCAACCUCGACUUUUAACUAAUGUUUUAAUGUAUGUAAAAUGACAACUCUCAUUUUACUUACCCAUGAAAAAGAGGGCAUGUCCUGGCAAAAGAGGACGUAUGGCAACCCUAUGACAUGGAUUCAAUUUUAUUUCUUUUAUUUCUUUGUUGCAUCCUCCUAGGUUUCUGUGUAGACCAUCUACAACUGUUUCCUUUUAAAGCCUGUCUUUAAAACUGCUCAAACCUGUCAUUUGGUUGGAUUUGCAAUUGUUCUCCAGAUGCAUUCCAGACUUACUGUAGUAAUUUUUGCAUUCAACUCGAAUGCACUAUGACAAAACUUAGCAUUUUUAUGGCAGCAAAAUAUCAGGUCACAUGAUUAACUACACCCAUCCUAUUCCGGGAAUCAGAGGCAACAUCAUACCAAUGAAACCACCAUCUCAUCCCAAUCCUGGCCAUUCUCUCAUAGCAGAUACUUAAGAGCAUUUAACAUAAACGUGUUGCCCCCUAAACACACUUUCAGAGUUGUAAUCUAAAAAUGCUCUCUUAUACAUUCCUUCUGUGUGUUACUUGUAGUGAGGAUCUUAGUUUAUCGGUGCUUAUGAGUAAUGAAGUAGGAUUAACUGAUUAACUAACCAGAAGCAGCAGGUUAUAUGGUGCAAGCAUAGGUUUCUGUGUUUUUAGGAGAUGUGUAUAUUGUGGCCUGAGAGGUGCUCUUUCCUCUCACAAUUCCACCCCUCCUGAUCAACAAGAGAAUGAAUUCCAUGCAAUGUAUCUGGGCCACUCUACUUUCUGUGUUGCUCCCACCAGUGUUCCCCCACUGAAUCAAAAUAUCAUAUUGUAGGAAAGAGAAAGAGAAAGCAAACUAAUCUAAGGCAAUGUACCCCAGACUUAAAGACCCCUUAAUAGAUUGUUUUAUAACUUUUUUCAUGAAAAUAUCCAAAGAGUGAUACGGCACAAUGUUCUAUACAAUGUCUGAAUUGCUCCUACAACUGGAAAUGUUCACCAUAAAUCUCUCUUCUGGUGCUGAACCGUCUUUUUUUCUAACAUAGUUUUGAAAUUUGACUUUGUUUCCUCUCUCUAUCUUUGUUUCUCUAAGUUAGCACAGACAGUUCCAUCAUCUGCUCCUCCGUCUGACCUCACCUUCUACCUGGCCCUUGCAGUGGCUUUUGACUCCUGCUUGUUCCUCAUCUUCCUCCUUGUGUUAGUGGUCAUCAGGUUGCACAGAUGGAGAAAUUCUCAGCUGGUUGAGUCGGGGAGUGUGAAUUUCAGUGGCACUCCCAUCUCACAGUUUGUGGGGAUCAAUGCAUUGUUUUCAACUUUGCCAUAUUGGCAAGCUGUUGUAUCCUCUGCAUAUGCAUCUACAUACCUAAUUGUUAGCGGCACAUUUCCUCCCUUAUUUGGAAAAUGUACUGAAACAUUGUGA